AUGGCGAAAAAAUUAGGGAAAGUUUCUUUGCUUUGCGAUGAAGAACUUGCCCUAAUCCUCACCAAGCUUCUCGACCCAGCUGAUAGAAAAUCCUUCUCCCAGGUCUGCAAACAAUGGCUUAGAGUCGAGGGUCUAAACCGAUCAUCAAUUCGUCUUCUCCGACCCGAUUUUCUCCGUCAGGCACUGCCUAGGUUCCCAAACAUAGUCACCUUCGAAACACCCAACUCUAUCUCCGACACCGAUCUCGAGUUCAUAUCCCAGACAUGUCCCAAAAUCGAGGUCCUCAACCUUAAUUUGGUGACCACGUCGUGGGAUCUUGGUCUCAAAUGUUUAGGUCUACCGGCUCUGGCAAAUGGGUGUCCGAAAUUGUCCAAGGUUAUACUUACAGGCAGAAGCUCUAUUACGGAUCAGAUAUCUGUUUCGCUAAUAAACUUGGCGAAAAAUUUGACGUAUUUGGACUUGGGGUGUUGUUUGGAGGUCUCGGACAAAUCACUUGAAGCUAUUGGGUUUUGUAGUUGGAUUAGUUAUUUGAGUUUGGAAUGGUGUUGUCAGAUCACGGAUAAAGGAUUGGGUUUUCUUGCAAAUGGGUCUUGCUCGAAAACCCUCAAGACAUUGAUCCUUGCUUGGUGUGAAGGGAUUACAGAUGUUGGGGUAUCGCAUUUGCAGAGAAUGCAUUGCUUGGAACACCUUAAUUUGGCCAAUUGCGGCCGAAGGAUCACGGACACUGGAGGUGUGGCAAUCUCGGCCAUUUCAACCCUCAAGAAAUUAAGCUUGAUUGCGCUGGUAAAAGUGUCGGACCGCACCAUUGUUGCUCUCGCUGAGAACUGCCUCAACUUGGAAGUUAUUGAUUUAAGUGAUUGUAGACUGACUGGAGUUAGUAUACGUGCAUUUUCGAGUCACAAGUUGUUGCAAUCUAUUGUUCUGCGGUUCUGUAAUGUUAGUGGGCAUAAUUUGGAACACUUGGUGCGUGGAUGCCCGUCACUGAAAUCUGUUGUGCUGGAUUCUGAGACUUUAAUUCAGAUGAAGCCUCAGCUGGGAAAAAGAACUAGAAAAGUUGUGACAAUGUGUUAG